AUGACAAUCGAUUCGAAACCGUCAUGGCGCCGAAUCCAUUCCGUCACACUGAUUGGCGGUACAAUCAUAUGCUGUGUGAUACUGACAGCUGGAAUGUUCGUAAGCUAUCUCCUUUAUAAUGAAAUUGCGGAGAUUCGUGGGACGCUUUCACACGAUAUGACCAGCUUCAAGGAACUCACUGAUGACGCUUGGAACAAUCUGAUAUUGAUAAAACGCUCGAAUGCGGCUCCGAGUCGAGAGAAACGCUAUAAUACGGGACCACCUCAAUAUGCAACUGCUUCACCUCAAUAUGCAAUUGCUCCGGAAGUGAACAUCAACAGUCCAGCGGUUCAACCCAUAUGCAUGUGUUCACCAGCACCAAACAACUGUCCACCCGGACCGCCUGGACCAAAAGGUGAUCGUGGACCGAAGGGAGAGCCCGGUCCACCAGGCAUUCCAGGUCAACCAGGUGCUCCUGCUCCACAAAUUGAUAUAGUACAAUCAGUCAAUACUGUAAAAUGUCCAAUGGGUCCUCCUGGCCCUAGAGGACCACCCGGUCCACAAGGAGUGCCAGGUGAAGAUGGUGAACCAGGAAGACUUGGUCUGCCAGGUAAUAGAGGUGUGAAAGGACCACCUGGACUACGAGGGAGUAUGGGACCACCAGGAAUGCCGGGACCACAAGGCAUGCGCGGUCCGCCUGGAAGGAACGGAAAGAUUCCAAUACGAAUAUGCGGACCAAAGGGGCCUCCGGGUCCACGUGGACCUCGCGGUCCAGCCGGUGAACCGGGCAGGUGGGGGAUGGAUGGCCUAAUGGGACCUCCGGGACCACCCGGUCCUCCUGGUGAUUGUGGUUUACCAGGAAUGGACGGUCCACCAGGACUGCCUGGACGACCAGGACGCCCUGGACUGGAUGCUGAAUACUGCAAAUGCCCACCACGUGUCUCAACUGUGGUCGUCGCUCGGCCUGCUGUCUCGGUCAUAAAACCAGUUAUUUCACAAUAUCCGGUUCAACCCAAAACACCACAAGUACCCUAUGCAAGACCACCGUCUGCAUAUCCUGAACCUAUUCAUAUCUUAUCACCGGUCGCGAAACCACUACUCUCAUAUAUGCAAGGGCAAAUUUUUUUUGGCAAUUUCCAAGAAGUUACUUCUGCCUUACCACCUGCUGCGUCGAUUCAAAUGAUUAGUGGUGGCAAACUGGUGAUCUGCAUUGGGUCAGCGGUGAGUGCGACACUGAUAUUUGGAUCGCUUAUCACGAUUGCGAUACUCUUUAACGACAUCAACACUUUGUAUGAAGAUGUUAUGAGCGAUAUGGCUGAAUUCAAUUACAUCACGAAGGAUUGCUGGCAUGAAAUGAUCGUGAUAAUGAAUGGUCCGGGCGAGAAUAGCGCUGUAAGUCGCAAGAAACGUGAAGAGGAACAAUGUGCCACAUGUGGUGAAAACUUUAACGAUUGUCCUCCAGGUCCACAAGGACCACCUGGAGAUCCGGGUUACGACGGAGAAGACGGAGCGCCCGGUAUGCCGGGUAAAGACGGUGCUGAUGGUGUCACGUAUUUAUUCAACGAGAACGGUGGGUGUAUCAAAUGUCCGAUGGGACCGAGAGGUCCUGUGGGCCCAGUGGGACCACCUGGACCGAUCGGCCCAGACGGGCGCCGAGGCACACACGGACGAAAAGGGAACGAUGGAAGACCUGGACGAAAUGGACCUCGCGGGGAUGCCGGGCCACGAGGUGAACGCGGUGAAACUGGCCAAAGAGGACCACCAGGCAAAGACGCUCAACGUCACAAAGGAACCAAAGGACCAAAAGGUCCCACAGGUCCCGAGGGGCUUCCUGGCCACCCCGGUCCAUCAGGAAGAAGCGGUGAGAGGGGACCCCAAGGACCUCGUGGCCCGCAGGGUCCGGAGGGCAGACAAGGAUCUCGUGGAAGACGAGGACCACCUGGAGAACGGGGAAGUGUGGGAUUGCCAGGACACGAUGCGUCUUAUUGUCCUUGCCCAUCACGCGUGACCGUGGCCGUCUGA